AUGGAUGCCUUUGACGAGGUAAAGGAACCUCGGCGUGUGAGGCUAAUUUCCGAAAUCGCCAACCAGAUUGGCCAUGACCACCCUGUAGACGCGGGCUUUUGGGCCUUUGUCUGGUUAGCGGAUAUCGAACAGCUGGAAAUACUCAUCAAUUACUUCAAGAACCAUCCGACAGACCACCUGAAGAAUGGAAUCGACAUGAAUCCAUCAGAGAUCAAAACUCUCAAGACAUGGACAACAAGAGACCGGAGCUCCAAGAACCAGGAAAUUGUGGGGGAUGACGGCGAAAUGAAGAGGAAGUCGGCAGCCCAUACUGAAUCGCCAAGUCCUACCAAGCUUCCUCGCCGCCCCGGAGAUACCAUUCAAGGUGCCGAGGAUGUUACUCGUCUCAGCUCAGAUCUUCGGGGUGCAAGUACACGUUCUAGGUCCAGCUCACCCUCGAAAAUACCACAGGCGGUACCACCGUCUAUGGUCUCCCCCAGACAAGCCCUGCCAGGAACUCCCGCAGAGCCUGUAUCUCCCAAAAAGAAGAAUCCUGAGGCAAAGAGAUAUGGCCGCUCCACAAUCAUGGCAGACAAGAGAGAACUGGACCUGCCUUAUCACAAGGGCGGCGAUUCUGUCGAGGUGGCUCACAUUUAUCCCUUCUCCUUAGGCCAAACAGCAGGAACCACAAACUACACUGAUUUCUGGAGUACCCUGUCGGCGUAUUGGUCACCCUCGAAGAUUAAAGACUGGGAGAACGUGGUUAUUGGCCAGUAA